CAGCGAGUCUCCAAUCUAAACGUGAAAAUGAAAUUUUUAGUGCUUUUUUUAAUUUUAUCGACUUCAACUCUCGGUAAAACAAUCACCGAUCAAUAUUUUCCAUUUUAUGAAAAAUCAUUACCAAAAACUGAAAACUGUGGCUAUACAAAAGACCUUUUUGACAAUGGAGUUUAUUUGAAGACGGCAUGCUUUGUGCAUCAAAGCCUUAAUCAUGAUUCAGCUAAAUACAAAUGUGCAGAAUACAAUAUGAACUUAUUUGUAAUGAAUAAUGAAGUUGUGGCUUCACACUUACAAGAUGCAACUCAAGAUAGGUACCCAGGAAUCAAUGGAAAACUAUGGAUCAAUGGCAAGCGCCAGACAGCUUCUAAAAGAUGGCAAGUUUACAAUAUCGAUGGAACUGUUCGAGGCUCACUAAAUUCCAACAUCAAGUUCUACAGCAACCAUGAACUUGGAAAUUGUCUGAGACUUUCUCCAAAAUAUACUGGAAUUUUUGAUACACUUCCUGGAAAUUGUGCUGACACCGCUUAUUUUGCCUGUGAACAUUUCCAAAGGACACAAGAUCCACCUGCUCUCAAUACGAGUCCAUGCUUGUAUGUUCGAGAUCUUUACAGUCACUCGAGCUAUCUUAAAUCAAUGUGUGUUGUCAAUCAGGAUAUUUUUUACGAUCAAGCAAGACGUAAGUGUGCUGAAUAUGGAAUGAACUUGUUCAUAUUUGACACUGCCGAAGUUGAUGAAGCAUUCUUUGAAGCAAUUGAUGAAAUUAUACAAGCAUAUCCAACUGGAUGGUUCUUUGUCAAUGGAGUAAGAGAUCCAAAAACAAAUGAAUGGAAUGUUUAUUACUCAAAUCGAGUUCUUAAAGGCAAGCUUUAUGAAAAUUUUGAAUUUGUUCAAGUCAACAAUACUUUUGGCAUAUCAAGUGGAAAUUAUCUUCGAAUUUCUGCUGAGAGAGGUCCAUAUCAAGGUUUUGGUGUUGGUGUGACAGCUAAAAGUUGGCCGAUUUGUGAAUUUAUCAAGAAUUAUUAAAAACUAAAUUAACAAUAAAGAUGUCAGAUAAGGAAUCGGUUCGGGGAAGUUUUAAAUCCUAGUUAUUGGGCAGUAACAGGCUUUUAUUUUCAAAACCAGGAAUACACCUCAAAGCAAGCCCUUGUUUGCUUUUAAUCAUUUAAUAAGCUAGUCUCUUGCAGUAUUCAAUUGUUGAAUUCACAAAAAUAAAAUUAUUUGUAAUCGAAUUCGUGUCAUUUUUGACUGCAAUAAAAAAUAAUGAUUAUUCUUUCUUGGAUACACCCUUAAUAUCUGCUCCAGGGGCGUAGCCAGG